UCAUUAUGGUCUCUGUUUGAUGACGUCAUUGAGUCGGUGUUUACCAUGGCGGAUGUUAAUUGAAAGAAAAAUGUGUGUUUUAUCGCCGCACGAACAGUCAUAGUUUUACGGAAGACGUGAGAGGAUAUUUCAUUCAGAAUGACCAACAGGACAUCUUAUUUUUAUGACCCAGACGUGGGCAACUUUCAUUAUGGUGCUGGCCACCCCAUGAAGCCUCACCGCUUGUCUCUGACUCACAGUCUGGUUUUGCACUAUGGACUCUACAAGAAAAUGAUGGUGUUCAAACCAUACAAAGCAUCUCAGCAUGAUAUGUGUCGGUUCCACUCUGAAGACUACAUAGACUUCCUACAGAAGGUCAGCCCCAAUAACAUGCAGGGCUUCACGAAGAGCCUCAACACAUUCAAUGUUGGAGACGACUGUCCUGUGUUUCCAGGUCUUUUUGAGUUUUGCUCAAGAUACACUGGAGCCUCUUUACAGGGAGCUACACAGCUGAACCACAAGAUCUGUGACAUCGCCAUCAACUGGGCUGGAGGUUUGCAUCAUGCCAAAAAAUUUGAGGCUUCUGGGUUUUGUUACGUCAAUGACAUCGUUAUCAGUAUCCUGGAGCUGCUCAAAUACCACCCUAGGGUUCUCUACAUCGACAUAGACAUUCACCACGGUGACGGUGUACAGGAAGCCUUUUACCUGACUGACCGAGUCAUGACUGUGUCCUUCCACAAAUAUGGGAACUACUUUUUUCCAGGAACAGGUGACAUGUACGAGGUGGGAGCAGAGAGCGGCCGGUACUACUGCCUGAAUGUUCCUCUCAGGGACGGCAUCGACGACCAGAGCUACAGGCAACUGUUCCAGCCGGUUAUUAAACAAGUGGUGGAUUUUUACCAGCCGACCUGCAUCGUUCUGCAGUGUGGAGCAGAUUCUCUGGGCUGUGACCGACUGGGCUGCUUCAACCUCAGUAUACGAGGACAUGGUGAGUGUGUGGAGUUUGUGAAGAGCUUUAAGAUUCCUCUGUUGGUCCUGGGAGGAGGAGGAUACACAGUGAGGAAUGUGGCUCGAUGCUGGACCUUUGAGACGUCUCUGUUACUGGACGAGUCCAUCAGCGACGAGCUGCCUUACAGCGAGUAUUUUGAGUACUUUGCUCCAGACUUCACGCUGCACCCUGAUGUGAGCACCAGGAUCGAAAACCAGAACUCCAGACAGUACCUGGAACAGAUUCGUCAGACGGUGUUUGAGAACUUGAAGAUGUUGAAUCACGCGCCCAGCGUCCAGAUCCACGACGUUCCCUCUGACAUGCUGAGCUACGAACGCAACGACGAGCCCGACCCUGACGAGAGGGGGGCUGAGGAAAACUACACCAGGCCGGAGGCACCCAAUGAGUUCUAUGAUGGUGACCACGACAACGACAAAGAGAGUGACGUAGAAAUUUGACGCAGGGAGAACGAGAGGGGUGGAGCUUUCCGUUUACGUCGGCUGAAGUCUCCAAACACUGCGUCUUUACUGCAGAUUUAACAGAAACU